AUGCCUCAGGCCACCACUCCCCCAGCCACACCGGUUUUCACUCCUUCUCACUCGAAAUUAGAGUUUGCGACGGUUGGGGACACGUUAUCCAACCCAAUAUAAAGCCCUGCCCCGUAGGCGUGUAAACCAGGGCAAUUUCGCCCUCACGAAACGCUCCCGGGUGGUUUAUUAAAAGGGCAUAAAGUGGAGACUGCGUUCUGUCGGACAACCCGAUACCACAAGAAUGAGAUAUCCGUCACUCCCUUGAACGAACUAUUUUCUUCCAGGCGCUUCCCUCCCUCCUGGGUUACACAAUACCCUCAAAAAUUCAUUUACCGUAUAUGUUUCCCCUUCGCUGACGCCUUGUGGGUAGUGGACAUCUUCUUUCCCAAGCGCUAACCCGGAGGUUGGGAGGGAUAUGAUAUAAUAGAUGGACUUUUAUGGGAUGACCAAUACAGGGGAUCGAACCUGGGUCUCCGGCCAGCACCGGAAAGGCCAGAGUGCAAGUGGGUUCCGAAAAAGCAUGAAGCUUUUCUCCAAAGCAAAUGAUUGUAUUUGUGUCAUCCGAGUGACAAAUCUCGCCAAUCACUUAGCCAUCAGCUGACACCUGCAAGGCCCAAGACCCGGUAUCAAGCUGUCAAUCCAUCGUCGUCACGCUUAUGACACCCCGUUGGCUCAAUUUCGCCCAUGGAGAAUCAAUUGGGGCCGAUGUCCACGAGCGCUCGCACGAGCCGCCCAUAACUCCCAAGUAACGAGAUUCUGCUCCGUAGGGAGCAUGAUUUGCUAGAGGGAUGGCAUAGAUCAGGCAAGGAUGAAUAAUCGUUUUGGAAAAUUUUCAACGUGCCAACCAAAGGCCUAGUUAACUUCAUGCAGAGAUACUGUGGCGUUGCGGGAAAGUAGACGGACGAGAAUACCGGUACUGUACGGUAGUUAGCCUCAUCGAACCAGUUCCCAGCCUUCCUACGUUCCACUCGUGAUUCACCCUCCCCUCCUCCAAUACCCUGUACUGUCCUUGCGCCCGCGUUCCUUUACCGGUAUUUUCUAUCCCGGCCCUCUCUGCCUUGUUCUCAAACUCUUCAAAAAAUUCUGGAGUAGAGCCUGGUUUACGAACUAGCCAUUGUCUUGGCAUGAAGAUCCAAAGAUGAUGUGCCGUGUCGGUACCGGUACUCGAGUGCGGUGCAUAGGAGAAUCUCGCGGGUCCGUGGGCAUACAGCUCCUUCCCAGCAUUCAUCGCUCUUCGUCCCUCACGAAGGACUGAGCUGCGGAACAAGCGACCUCACCUCAAGUGGGUUUAGCAUACGGUAGCUAGGGUAGUUUCCUGGUAUGAUACUGUAUUUCUAGGUGCCACCGGCUCCGCCUCGUUUGCCUGACCGAGGUACGGUGCCAUACCGGUACCUUACUUGUGCAAAGCCCCACGGUACUGUAGGGUACAGUACUCCGAGAGCACCACCACACAGAACACGGGACCCCCGUACCAUGACAUCGGCCAACCCAGACCACAACUCAACACAGCGAGGAAUUACCGUACACUCCUUCCCGGAAAAUGGUCCCUCUUGUCUCGCCGCCAAACCACAAGCCCUCAAUUAUCACUAACAAGUGGAAUUAGGGACCCUUUUGAAGUUUCGUCUGGGGAAAGUGAUGAGGGUACCCUCCGGCGCGAGCUAACUUUACGACAGGAGGGAGGGAACCGAGGCGGUAUUGUCUCGGGCCAUCAGUGCCCGAAAGCAUGGGGGGAGCACACCCCGCACGAUCGUACUACCGGUAGUGCUCAGGUACGCGCAAAUUUUUUGCUAUACCAUUACGUCUCUCUGAUCUUGGUCCUCAGGUACAGUGCUCGUACAGUAACUCUCGCCUAGGACAAAUGCCAGAUAGAGGUACGGUACUCGAGUGGAUACGGUGAUGGAAACUACUGUAUACUUUCCCGGAACGGGCUGAUGCGGGCAGACCCAUGCUCAGCUCGAGUGAUGGUGUUUAUAUCUCGACUGCACAUCUGGCGGGCUUUCUGCAGUUGGUGUGAGCGGGUUAGGGUCAUAUCCACAAUCACCUGUCACGGUGCGGCGCUGUGCCGUAUUCAGGUACCAUGAUGGUAUCAUACUAGUGCUAUGGGUAUCAUGUUUUACCGAUAUGCAGAAGGUGCCUGUCAAAGGCCUACCGUACCGUACCAAAGAUAUCGAGCGAUCAUAAAAGCGCCAUCCUGAGGGUAGAAGGAUUUGCACUUUCUGGUCACGGGGGAAAACCGCAACUUAUUUAAGUUCCCAGUGCCCAAUCAUGAUGAGACAAAGUCCUGCAUUAGGCGCGCGCAACGCAUUCCACAAUACUUGGCAUACGCUGCUUCAAUUCAGGUGCACUUUCGUUAAGCAGUUGGCUACGGUACAGUGCUCGUACAGUACUGGAAAGAGAUCGAGCGAGUGCUGUACGGUGCUCCCCAGCAACGGGACGGGACGGACGAAAGGGCGGACGGUCAGGGGGAACAAUAGACAGCGCAUACAGACGGGAGAGACACCAAAAGUAAAAAUUACCCGCCUAUCACUACCACCACUGCCUGACUAAAGAGAGCUCUGGCCCAACUCGCCCUUUCUUCCAAUUGGAUACACGCCCAACCUGCCAGGCGAGAAAUAGCGCAAUUAAAUAUAUCAAAAUACUGCCAGGCACCCGGGCACCGUAGGAUAUAUCCAACUACAAUCCUCCAUAGGCCGCCACGCCCGGUGUAGCGCGGCCUACGCCCCCCUCGGUACGCGAGCGCUGGGCACUCAGGGCUGAACUUUAAUGGUAGUAAAUUUACCUAAAGCAUGAAACGAGAGGAUGAUCCGAAACACUCCCUACUAAUCAGUUAACAGGAUAACGAACGUGACACAAUUAGAUCACCUAAAUGCGAAAGUGAAGUUGAAUAUAUUUUCACUAUGCCCUCCGUGCUCUUUACAUGGGAAAUCCAGUUGGUCUUCUUCCCAUAGCCGGUAGUCCCUUUUCUUUUUUUCCCUUCUUUUUUCUUCUUUUUCCCACCUACCGGUAGGUGACUUGACCUUGUGCCUGUUUUUUACCCACUCUAUUUACAUAUCGUAGUUGCAGUCCUGGGAAUUCAUUCGUUUUUCCUGGUGCAUUCUCUCGUACCUUGCGUUAAUUGGUUUGAAUCCCUUCCUUCUGCGUUCCCCCUAGCCCGCCCUGCACCAGCCGUGUGAGAACAACACUCGAGUACGGUACUGGGACUGACUGUACCAGUACCUGUGCGCUUUUUUUUGUUUUUUUCCUGCCCGAGACCGGGGGAGAGUGGAGGUUCCCGUAGCAUUUAGGGUACCAACUGUGCCGGACCCUUUACUUUUUUGGCCUAUCAGUUCAUUCUAGGGUUCGGUGAUUGACUGAUUGAUUGAUAGCUACAGUAGUUGGUGGAAUAUUGUAUCGUACAGUAUUCCAAUUGCUCCGUGCCUGCCUCCCUGGUGGAACCAGCUACAUAUCUGUUCUCCCGUGUCUGUCCCUCCAGCUGGCUGGUCUUGCUUUCUUUUUCGAGAGCACUUAAUCCCAUCAGCUCCGCCAGGCAGGAGAUAGAGUCCCAUUGAGAACCUCGUUCAUUCACUCACUCCCCACAGUAAAGCAGAGCAAAGAUGCUGAACCCCUUCCCCCUCCUCCUCAUAUCAACCCUCCUCUCCAGCACCGCUGCGCUCUCCACAGGUAUCAACCGCCGCCAUGCCUCCCCACAAAACUCCCAACCCGGUGGCGGUGACGGCGAUCCCUACUUCAACAAUGACCUCCCGCGCUUCAAAAGGGAAAUCCUGGAAGCACACAACGCUCGCCGCAAGGAAUUCGGCGUGGCCCCGCUCUCAUGGGACAACGAGCUUUGGAAGAUGGCCAAGAGCGUGACCAAGACCUGCGUCUUCCAACACUCCGGAGGGCCCUACGGCGAGAACUUGUAUGGCAGUAGCGGCGGAAAUCCUAAAUCUGCAGUGGAUGCCUUCGCGGAUGAGGUCAAGAACUACAGGGAUGACAACCUGAUCUGGGAUGGGAACUCGCCAAGGACUAAGGAUGGGACUGUCAUUGGGCAUUAUACGCAAGUUGCUUGGAAGGACACGGUUAAAGUGGCUUGCGCUACGAGUGAUCAGAGGUGUAAUUUUCCUGGUGGGGCUAUGUGGUAGGUUUUUCCUUGCUUCUCUCCUCUCGUAGGAAAUUGGCGAGGGGACAUGCUGAUUGUAUGUGAGUACUCAGGUUCGUCGUAUGCGAAUACUGGCCACCCGGAAACGUCGGUAGCCCGAAUGAAAACCUCUACCAAAAGAACGUCGGCCGCCCAGGGGAAGCGUUCAAGGAUCCGGCUAAUCUAAAAGUUGACGUGCCGCCAUUCAAAGGCAACGGCAUCCAGAUGCCAGAAUCCCUGGCGAACGACCUCACUGGCGGGAGCAAUAAUAAUGUUGGCGGCGGCGGGGGGAAUAGUCCGAUCUCCGAUCCGGGGUCUGGGGAACAGAAUCCUCCGCCCCAGCCCCAACCUCCACAGGACGGGAAUACGGAGUUUAAGAUUGUUACAGUAACAAUCACUCGCAGGAGUGAGCCUACCCCUGGCCCAGCGAAGAGGGCGGUGCUUGGGGAAUGAUGGGAUACCGACGGAGUAUGCUACUACCACUACUGUCAGGAAGCAGUUUUUUAGGGUGGCGUAAUGGAUUCACCUGGACGGUUUUAAGUUGAAGGAGUGGAGUUGUUUUUUUGUUCUUAUUAUUCUCUUGUUCUUAAUACUGGAUGUGCUUUUGGCUGUGCCGAAAUGGCUACGAGGUGACGCACCGCGGACGGGUGAUACGAGUGAGAGCUGUAUAAUAUAAAGGGGAGCAAUACAAUAGUCGAAAGGAUUCUAGAAACCAGAAUCCAGGUGUACGAGCAUUGGAUAUCAUGGAGAGACAUG